CUUCGAAUGAGCGGCAAUGCAGAGGCCGCAUCAGCAGAGAAUGAUUGAAGACGUUGAAUGAAUAUCUUUAACCGUAACUCUGCUCUUAAGACAGAACCAAUCGGCCACCAAGGUCGCUCUCGCAGCCGCCCGCCGCAUCCGAACGAAGCCAUUUGUUCAAAAUCAAACCCACCUCCAUCGCCUUAUGCGAACUUGCGAGCCGAUCCUCAGCAAUGCGCAUCUCUGGCGUAAACAUCAACAGCACCUCCGCCAUCGAGCGGGGUGAGGCACCUUACACCCCCGCAUCAUCCAUUUCAAAGAAAGCGGUCCCACUUCUUCCAUAUCAGCUUCAGCGCGCAACCAACACCGUCAACCAAUACCGGUUAGAGCAACAACAGCAAAAGGCCGCGCAAGCUGCACAAAAAGCGUUGGAGAAGACCCAGCCUCUGCAUGUAGAGCAUCCCAAGCCCCGCAUUGGCACCGACAUCGUGCUGGGCGAUACCUCAUACUGCGAUGCAUCCACUCAGUUCGUUACGACUGCGGGCAGGGAUUUCCAUGCAAAGCAGGACUUUUCCAAAAUUCCCGGCGCAGCGAAGAGCAAGCUGACUUUCAUCACCCCGUCGCGAGGCGUCGUGGUGGAUAAUACGAUGCUGCCGCCUGCGGGGAAGCCCUUGGGUAUUGACACCGCUAAUAAACGGGCGGACCAUAUAUCGUUUGGGGAUGCGAGGAGGAGAGGAGGAGUUGUUCUGAACGGAUUGGAUGGAUCAGCUGGUGGGAUUCCAGGGAAUGGCAUGGCGCUAGAUGAUGGGGAAGAUGAUGCGUACAAGACUGUGAGCGGACAGGCGUUCAAGUAUCGUGGCAAAGACCUGUCCAAGGAAGAGGCCCUUUCUUUACCGUCCACACUUGCUUCGAGCACCGCCCUUACUCCCGCCCAACGUUUCCACGCCGCCGCCAAUCCCACAACCUCCAACCAAAAGCACACAGGCGGCCUCCGCACACGUCACGACUUGCCCAUCGACGACACGCACUUCAAAUCGUACACCACGACCCAUCAGGACGCCUACCAUGUCAAUCACGAUACCGCGGCCCGCGCAAUUGAUGCAACGACGGCCAACACGGCCCACUCUUUCGGAGCUAGUAACCGAGCCAGUACCAUUCCAUUCGGCAAUAAGGACCAGGUGAAGGAAUAUGCUACCAUUGCGGGUGGGGCGUGGGUGAGGCAUCCCGUGGAGGCCUAUUUGGAGUCGGCGUCCGGGAUUAAGUUGGUGAAAAAGGGGCCGAGAAGUACCAGUGGGUUGACCAAGAUGAACAGGGGUGCCGCGGGGUCUCAUGAAGACGAUACGAUUGAUGGGGAUUCGAAGAAUCGCACUUUCGUGUCGUUGACGCAGCUGUCGUACCCACCACCACCGGACGCGACGUACCGACGGAAGACUGCCGAUGGAAGUGGAGGGCCAGCACAGGCACAUGUGUUGCCACCCAGCGCUAUUCCCGACUCACACCGCCGUGGAUUCUCGUCCAUCCAGUUUGGAUCUGCUCCUGGUAACGGCGCCGCCGGAACAACCGCCCAUGACGAGCCGGCUCAAUCCCAAAGUCGCGCGACGUAUAUUCCCUACCCCGACGCCUACCUGUCCGCGCGAACCGCCCUGCGUUCCGGCUUGGAAGACCGGCUCGUAUCCAAACGCGGCAUCCAGAACGCAGUGCGGCCCGUGAACAAAUCCCUCGUCGACACAUCGAGCAUGCAGGCCGCAUACGUACCGCCGUCCGCGCCACAGGAGCACGACAAAACCAAACUGAAAGCGGCAGGUGUAUCGCUGCACGCCCCGAGCAGCAACUACUCAUCGGUUCCAACAGGCGACUCAGGAUACUUCCCGAUCGCAACAGGUGCUCGCGGCGACGCAGCAACGACCGCCGCAUCGUCAUACCCACACUACCCGCCGGAACUCACAUCCAGCCAGUACAUCCGCCACCCGGUGCUCGGCGCGCGCAUCACCGAAUCCACAUUCCGGAUCGGCUACGACGGGGACGACGCUGCAGCCGCAGAUAACGGGAGCGGGGCGGCACCCCCGCGCGUGGACUACACCACCUCCACCCAACGCGAUUACACCCCCAAGCACCUCGACCACGCCGCGGCAUCCUCCUCCCACACCCGCCACAUCAAACACGCGCCGAGCCUCCCCCCCAUCGGCGACCCGGCCACCCGGCAACUCCCCUUCGAACGCACGACAAACCAGAUCCACUACCGCCCCCCGCCGGCACCCACCCACCCCGGCAUCGCGGCCCCGCCGGCAGAGACGUGGCCAACUCUCCCUGCACCCGUAGCCCCCGGGGCAGGCACACGCGGCCGCUAUGCCAACCGCCCCCGCAUCAUGCCCAACACCGGCGUCAAGGCCCUCCUCUUCCCCGCCAACUCCGGUGCAUCUGUCGUUGACGACGUCGCGGCGAGGUAUGCGACGACGACGGGGAAGUAUUUCCGCGAUCGCGGCGGGUUGUGGGAUGUGCAUGGGCACGGUGAUCACGGCGCUGCCAAGCCGAACAAUGCGAGCAGUGUUGUGUUUGGGGAUCCGAGGUUGGGCUAUUUUCGGGACCGCGUUGUCGAGAGGGGGGUGCCGGCCAUGACGGUGUGUUGAGGGUGGCAUCACCAGGGGAGAUGGAGACGCCGCGGGA